CAAAAAAAUUUUUCAACUUUUUCUUUAUAUUUUCUAUACAACUUUUCUAAGCUUAUACUUUUUUGUGUAAAGAACCACGCACAUCUUCAUUUAUGUAUCGUACGGUUUAUCAAAAGGGCUGUUUUUCGGUGUUUUAUAGUGUCGGUGGUCGUCCUUUGAGUAAUUGGGCCAUACAUACCCAAAACGGUUACGUUAAACGUGUUUUAGAUGAUGAUAUCAAAUCAAUGGUUUUGGAGAUCAUGGGAAGCAACGUUUCCACCAUGUUUAUAACAUGUCCGCGAGAACCCAAAAAAGAAUUGGCCAUAAAAUUGCCAUUCUUAGUGUUGCUGGUUAAAAAUAUGCAUAAAUAUUUCACAUUUGAGGUGCAGAUUCUAGAUGACCAACAUUUCUUUCGCCGUUUUCGCGUAUCAAACUUCCAAAGUAAAACAUCGGUCAAACCUUUUUACACUUCCAUGCCCAUGGGUAUGUCACAGGGUUGGAAUCAAAUUCAUUUCAACUUAGCUGAUUUCACACGACGAGCUUACGGCACAAAUUACAUUGAAACUGUGCGUCUACAAAUCCAUGCCAAUGUAAGAAUACGGCGCAUAUAUUUUACAGAUCGUUUGUAUCAAGAACAUGAAUUGCCCAAUGAAUAUCGUUUGAUACAACAGCCGAAAACAAAACGAUCCAUUAACUGGGGAGUGCCAGCUGCCAGACCACCUUCACCGCUCUCACAACGUUUGAAUGAAGCAAGCGGUGUUACAAGUGCAGUAGACGCUAGUAGUAUGGGGGUAACUGAAGUAUCCCCGGAAAAGAAUGAAGAACAUUGAACCAUCUACAUAUUUGUUUUACAGUUAAUUUUUUAAAUAAAACUCUAUUUUUUAUACUUUUUCCUACCAUCUUA